AUGGAUAGCUCGAACGGACAGAAUAACGGAGGGUCGCAACGGCCAGAGGAUUCUGGUGAGAAGGAUAAGAUGCCACCUCCUCAGGGGCAACCUGUGAAUGUGGGUGUUCCACUUCAGAAUCAGAAUCAAGGACAGAAUCAAGGACAAAAUCAAGGACAGAACCAGAACGCGAAUAAUCAAGGGCCCGGACAGAGCCAGAGACAGGACUCUAUUUCGAUGUACACGAAUUUCAACCAACCGAGGUUGUCGACGGAUAGUUCUAUUUCGUCAUUUUUGAACAUUGACAACCAAUCGGACACGCGUGGGUCUACUUCGCAGAUGGGUGUUGCUGGACAGGAAUUGCCAUAUAGCAGGGGGUUUUCGAUUGUGAACAACUUGUGGAAUGCGCCGGUUCCUCAUCCGCAGAAUGAUGUGGCUUUCACUACGACCAGGAGGCAGUCUGAGCAAUUGGAGCCGUUCAUGCCGAAGUUUAACACGUCGAGUUUCACGAAAGGACAAGGUCAAGGCCAGGGCCAGGGCCAGGGUCAGGGUCAGUUACAGGGCCAGCAAGGCGGACGACAGGCUUCAGGUCCAGGUCCAGGUCAAGGUCAAGGACAAGGCCAAUCUGCAAACCAGAACGCGAACCAGGGACAAGGUAAACAGGGCAAGAACCAGAAUCAAACAUCUUCGGGUCAGAACUCGGGCCAAAAUCAAAAUCAAGUAGUAGGCCAGAACCAGGGUACUGGUAACGGCCAGGGCCAGGUUCAGGGCCAAGUAUCCGGUCCCUCAUCGAAAAGAAACUCAAUCUAUUUCCCACCAACGGACGCUGAUCUCGACUUCUUCACCACGGGCAAACGUAACUCUAUCGCGAUGAAACCUCCUCUAAUCAAACCUAACGGAAACGGUACCAACCACCAGGCUGUUGGUGGGCCCGGUGGACCUACUGACGAUAUGGAAGUACCAUUUUUCCAAGGUCCGCUUUCGAGGAAGAACUCCAUCAAGUUCAACCCAGAGGAUUUCGCAGACUUCCAGUUCAAGAGAAGGGACUCAUCUGUGAGAGCUACGCUAGAUAAUUCAAACUACAUGCCUGCUCCACCAAAGAGGCUCAAUGACGGCUCUCUAAGUCCAAUUGACCACCAUAUGGUCGAUAACGAUGACGAGGAAGACGUGGAGACAAGACUACACAAGCACUUGUCGUCUCUUGUGGACUCAGUCAAGAUGGAUAAAACUCCACCAAAGAAGAAGCAAAAGUCUAGCGCAAAGGGUAAGAAGAAGGGUGGCCAGGGUUCAAAGAAGGACGACGGCACUGAUGAUUCGCUAGAUCAUCAUCAUCAACAACAACAGCAUCAACAACAACAACAGCAGCAACAGCAGCAACAACAACAACAAGUAGGUAUGCAACAGCCUCAUAUGCUCAACCAAGCACAGCUACAGGCUGGUGCCGGAGCCGGGGCUCAAAUGGGUGGCAUGACUUCGUUGAACCCUGCAAUAAACCCCUCGUUGAAUCCUUCCAUCAAUCCAAUCGAGGACUCAAAACCAUUGCUAGGUGCUACUAAGGUCGAUCAAUUGAUGUUGGUUAUCCAGGCACGUAAGAAUGGUGUCACAGACAAGGUGCCUCGUUCUGCAGAUGGGUCUUUGUUGCUAGAGUCCGCACCAUCGAUCAUCCCACCUCUAUCGCAGCUUGUCGGUGGUGUAGAAAAACCAAAAUCCAAAGGUGUGAAACAGUUCCAAUGUCCUUAUUGUCACAAGUAUUUCACACAGUCUACCCACUUGGAAGUGCAUGUCAGAUCGCACAUCGGUUAUAAACCUUUCUCGUGUGACUUUUGCGGGAAACGUUUCACUCAAGGUGGUAACUUGAGAACACACAUCCGUUUACACACUGGUGAGAAACCGUACGAGUGUGAAAGAUGUGGCAGGAAGUUCAGCCGUAAAGGUAACUUGGCUGCACAUAAGCUGACACACGACAACCUGAAACCAUUCCAGUGCAAAUUGGAUGACUGUAACAAGACUUUCACCCAGUUGGGUAACAUGAAGGCGCACCAAAACAGGUUCCAUCUACAAACAUUAAAUAGGUUGACCCAAAGACUCGCAGAGAUGGAUCCAAAUGAAAACAUAUCUCAAAAGGAACGUGAACUACUCGACUACUUCGCAUCAAUUUACAGAAACAGUAACCGUGGUAUUAAGGGUAGAGGUAAAGGUAACCAGAACAUUGUUCCGCUGAAUGCUUUCGACAAACACCGCCAGUUGGAUGAUCCAAGCGUCAGAGUUGCAGCCAAGGCCUUGGGAUCACUGACCCAGUCCAAACAACCUUCUCCAAUGGCUUACGAAACUGCGUCAAACUCUUCUAUUGCUGAUAAGAACAACCAAUUCUCUUUCCCAGAAGGAGAAGCCCAACUUGACGACGCUGCAUAUGCUGCAACAGGAACGAUUGCCUUGGGAAGCAGAAAUCCUAACAAAGAACCCUCGCAGAAGGAAAAAGUCCAAUUUAAAGACGUCAACUUUAUAAGGUAA